UUCGGCUCCUGCCCCAUCACCAACGGCGGCGGCUCCAUCACCGACAUGAUCCGCCAGGACCGCCGCGGCGCCGCCAUGGCCUGCUUCGCCAUCGGGCCCCUCCUCGGCCCCGUCGUCGGCCCCGUCGUCGGCGGCUUCAUCACCACCGCCCUCGGCUGGCGCUGGGUCUUCUACAUCAUGGCCAUCCUGUCGGGCACCCUCGCCCUGCUCUACGCCCUCUGCGCCCGCGAGACGUACGCCUCCGUCCUGCUCCGCCGCAAAGCAGACCGCCUGCGCCGCCGCACAAACAACCCGCUGCUGCGCUCCAAGCUCGACCCGGGCCUUUCUCACGCGGCGUACCUCAAGCGCGGCAUCCUCCGCCCCUUCAAGAUGCUCGUCCUCUCCCCCAUUAGCAUCAUCUGCGGCGUCUACGUCGGCGUCGUAUACGCCUACCUCUACCUCCUCUUCACCAGCCUCACGCCCCUCUUCAUGGAAAUCUACCACUUCAAGACGAGCUACGCGGGGCUCACCUUUCUCGGCAUCGGCUUCGGCAGCAUGAUUGGCGUCGCCUUCUUCUCCCUCACCAGCGACAGGAACAUCAAGAGAAAAGCAGCGGAGGAGGCCCUCGCCGCAGAGGCAGAGGGCCGCGCCCCGGAAGGCAUGAAGCCCGAGUAUCGCCUCUCGCCGCUCAUGGUCGGCGCCGUCGUGCUUCCUAUAGGCUUCUUCAUCUACGGCUGGACCGCCGAGUAUAAAGUCCACUGGAUCGCGCCCAUCAUCGGCACCGUCGUCAUUGGCGUGGGCGACCUCAUCGUCUACAUGUCCCUCCAAAUGUACCUCGUCGACACAUUCACCGUCUACGCCGCCUCCGCCCUCGCCGCCAACGCCGUCAUCCGCUCCGUCGCCGGCGCCGUCCUCCCCCUCGCCGGCCUGCCCAUGUACAACCGCCUGGGCAUGGGCUGGGGCAACAGCAUCCUCGGCUUCAUCGGCGUCGCGCUGUCCCCCGUCGCUUGGCUCUUUCUGAGGCAUGGGGAGAGGCUGCGCAAGAGGUUUGAGAUUAAGAACUUGUGA